AUGCGGGAUAUUAAGGGCAAUUCUGAUGAGGGCGGAGAAAGACACGAGGAAAGCUGUGGGGACAACUUAUGUUGUCGAGACGGGCUGGGCAUGAAGAUUAAGGAGGAGAAGCGGCUGCUCUCGGAGAGAGGCAAGGAAAACGUUUUCCAGCAGCACCGAGGCCUCCCACCAUGCCAGGCCAUGGGGACACCCUGUGCCUUGGGCAGACAAGAAGAGACUAGGGCUCCGAGGUGGGCCCCUGCCCCUGAGCAGAACGCAGGGCGGACAGGCCAGGCUCCUGCCCUGCCAAGAGCCUCGCCCUCUGCCUCCGAGGGCUGUUUUGAGUGCCUGGACUGCGGCAAGAGCUUCAGCUGGUGGUCGUCCCUGAAGAUCCACCAGAGGACCCACACUGGGGAGAAGCCGUACCUCUGCAGCAAGUGCGGCAAGAGCUUCAGCCAGAAGCCGAACCUGGUGCGGCACCAGCGCCACCACACCGGAGAGCGGCCCUUCUGCUGCCCCGAGUGCGAGCGGCGCUUCAGCCAGAAGCAGCACCUGGUCAAGCACCAGAAGACGCACGCGCGCCCCGCCUCCCACGCAUGUCCAGAGUGCUCCCGCUGCUUCCGCCACAAGGUGGGUCUCCGUACCCACCAGCGCACCCACGUCCGGGACCGCCAGCUGGCUGGGGCCGCGCUGCAGAAGCACCUUGGGGGCACGGUGGCCCACCAGGCCUGCCGCCCCCGGGCAGUGCAGCCAGGUACCCCCGAGUGGGCCUGGCUGGGGCCCUGUCCAGCGUGGUGGGGCGGACUGGCGCCACAGGCUGCAGUCAAUGUGACCCCGGGGCCCGGCCAGCCCCGCCAGUUCAUCUGCAGCGAGUGCGGCAAGAGCUUCUCCUGGUGGUCCUCGCUCAACAUCCACCGGCGAAUCCACACGGGCGAGCGGCCCUACUCCUGCCCCGAGUGCGGCCGGCGCUUUAGCCAGAAGCCGAACCUGACGCGGCACCGGCGCAACCACACGGGCGAGCGGCCGCACCGGUGCCUGGACUGCGGCCGCGGCUUCCGCCAGAAGCAGCACCUGCUCAAGCACCAGCGCACACACCUGGCUGUCCCGAAGGCCACCGUGUGCCCUCGCUGCGGGGAGAGCUGCCCCAGCCGCGGUGCGCUCCGUGCCCACCAGCGCGCCCACGCCUCCAUUGUGGCUGCUGGGGAGCCGGGGCCAGGCUCUGAACAGCCAUCAGAUGCCUCUUGGGGCUUCUCCCCACAGCCGCCCAGGUCGCGGGGGCCUGGGACGUGGGGCGGGGGGCAAGGGGCCGUAGCUGCGCCCGGCGAGCCCCGCCAGUUCAUCUGCAGCGAGUGCGGUAAGAGCUUCUCCUGGUGGUCGGCCCUUACCAUCCACCGGCGAAUCCACACGGGCGAGCGGCCUUACCCUUGCCCCGAGUGCGGCCGGCGCUUCAGCCAGAAGCCGAACCUGACGCGGCACCGGCGCAACCACACGGGCGAGCGGCCCUACCUGUGUGCUGCCUGUGGCCGCGGCUUCCGCCAGAAGCAGCACCUGCUCAAGCACCAGCGAGUUCACCUGGGAGCCCUGGCCCCCACCGCCCGCCCCAAGGAGGAUGACGUUACCGUAUUUAUCCGGGCCAAGGCUCUGGACAGCGUCACUGCGGCGCUCUACCGUAUUUACUGGGAGCUGCGGAGGUCCUUCCGGGGGGGCCGGGAGUGCCGCGACUUAAUUGCGUAUUUAUCAGGGACCGUGUGGUUCCCGGGGGGCGUGGGGGAGCGGGAGGUGGACUACAUUAUUUCCCCAAGCUUUCCCAAAGCAUCUCUCAACCAGAUGGCCCUACCCUUCCCUCCAGAUUCAAGAUGGAGAGGGGCUGCUGAGUCGCUGGAAGGGCCCAUGUCGGAGCCGGUGUCCUCUGGGGGCGCGUCCCCCGCCGGGGCCGUAGAGGAGGCCCUGGGGGACGAGCGCGGCUUGGUCAUCCACCAGCCUGCGGAGGAGCCGCCCCACCGGUGCCCGCUUUGCGGCCGGACCUUCCCGCAGCAGCCCAGCCUGGUGCGGCACCAGAAGGCGCACGCGGGCCCAGGCCGCGCCGCCUUCGUGUGCCCCGAGUGCGGCAAGGCCUUUGGUGUCAAGCACAACCUGGAGGUGCACCAGCGCACGCACACGGGCGAGCGGCCCUUCGCCUGCCCUGACUGCGGCCGCCGCUUCAGCCUCAAGCAGAACCUGCUCGCGCAUCGGCGCAUCCACAGCGGCGAGAAGCCGCACGAGUGCGCGCAGUGCGGCCGCCGCUUCCGCGAGCCGCGCUUCCUGCUCAGCCACGCGCGCACUCACGCGCGCGCCCCGCCGCCGCACCCGCGCCGUCCUGGGGUCUUCGGGGAGCGGCGGCCCUUCUGCUGCGCGCGCUGCGGCAAGAGCUUCGCCCGCGAGGGCGCCCUCAAGACGCACCAGCGCAGCCACGGCCACGGCGCCGACGGCCCAGCGGCGCACAGGGGCCGCGCGCUCUGA